AUGGACAAGUUCCGGAUGAUCUUCCAGUUUCUGCAGUCCAACCAAGAGUCCUUCAUGAAUGGCAUCUGUGGCAUCAUGGCGCUGGCCAGUGCCCAGAUGUAUUCUGCCUUUGAUUUCAACUGCCCCUGCCUGCCGGGCUACAAUGCAGCCUACAGUGUGGGCAUCCUGCUGGCACCUCCCCUGGUACUCUUCCUGCUUGGCCUGGUCAUGAACAACAAUGUGUCCAUGCUGGCUGAAGAAUGGAAGCGACCCCCGGGCCGUCGGGCCAAGGACCCAGCCGUGCUGCGCUAUAUGUUCUGUUCCAUGGCCCAGCGUGCUCUCAUUGCACCUGUUGUCUGGGUGGCUGUCACACUACUGGAUGGCAAGUGCUUCCUCUGUGCCUUCUGUACAGCUGUGCCAGUGGCCACGCUGGGCAAUGGUAGCCUGGUGCCUGGACUGCCUGCUCCAGAACUCGCUCGCCUGCUGGCCCGUGUGCCCUGCCCUGAGAUCUAUGAUGGAGACUGGCUGCUGGCCCGAGAGGUGGCUGUGAGGUACUUGCGCUGCAUCUCCCAGGCGCUGGGCUGGUCCUUCGUGCUGCUGACCACAUUGAUGGCAUUCGUGGUCCGCUCUGUGCGGCCCUGCUUCACACAGGCUGCAUUCCUCAAGAGCAAAUACUGGUCCCACUAUAUUGACAUUGAGCGCAAGCUCUUUGAUGAGACGUGCACAGAGCAUGCCAAGGCCUUUGCUAAGGUCUGUAUCCAGCAGUUCUUUGAGGCUAUGAACCACGACCUGGAGCUAGGUCACACCCAUGGAGCACUGACCACAGCCACUGCCACUGCCACCUCGGCUGCCCAGAGCCCCUCUGACAGGGCUGAGGAAGAGAGGGAAAAGCUGCGAGGCAUCACUGACCAAGGCACCAUGAACAGGCUGCUCACAAGCUGGCACAAAUGCAAACCACCACUGCAGCUGGGCCAGGAGGCACCAUUGAUGGGCAAUGGCUGGGCAGGGGGUGGGGCCCGGCCUCCACGCAAAGAGGUGGCCACCUACUUUAGCAGAGUGUGA